UGAUUGCAUAAAAUUGUUUUACAUUUAAUAGGGUCAUGCAGGAAACAAACAAAUGUGAUCCUACGACCCAUACAAUUUGUCCCCAUUUUUGCCUAUCAAUAGCAGCAAAGAAAAUAACACCCCAGAACGUAUGAAGUAAAAUGAAGCACAAAGUGGUGGAUGCUGAUACGAUGAAGAAGUAUUCUGUACCAUGUCUGAUACCCAUGGUUCCAGGACCAAUUGCAUCUGCUAACACAUUGACCAGAGCAAAAGCUCCACUCAUAAAACCGAAACCUAGGCCACAAACAUAUGCAAAUAUAUGUCUGCUAUCAGCUACGUGUGUUGUGGUUACUUUUUCUAAACCUCUUUCAGCUUUACGUAAUACCCAGUAUAAAAGGUACCUAACAAUUUAUAAAAUCAAUUAGUAUCACGAAAAAAUAAAAAAUAUGCGAAAACGAGAUAAAAAAAGGAGAAAAGAAAAAAUAAAAAUAAAAAAUGAAUCUUUUAGUAUCUUGUUACCUGAAAGUUUCUUGGAAUAAUACAGAAAAUACUAAUCCAAAUGCAAGAUGAUUUUGAAGUGGAACAACAGCAUACCAAAGCACAGAUGAUAAAAGUAAUGAAAUAAGCCAGAAAAAGGCACUGGCAAUUAAUAUGAUAAUUUUUAUUGGAUCAUUAGCUAUAGUAAAUGUGAACAUGGCUAAUGGAGGUCCAAAAGCCAAGAAAGCACAACCAAAAAAAUCCAUAACCGUCAUCUUUAAGAUAAAUGCUUAAUCGUGUGCUUAUUCUUUGUCAAUUGACCUUUCUCCAAAUGCUAACUGCUUCUAACCCUACACAGCCUUAUUAUGGCUCGGAUGUCAACUUUUUGCGGGCGCAUUUAUUGCGUUACUACAAACACAAUUUUUAAAUUUGACAUUUCAUUAUAUACUUUUAAGGUUAAGUAUGACCAUCAAUCUCUAGAAAUCGUGCUACUGAUAAAUGGAAGCAACUUUGUUGAGUUGCAUCGAUAUAAAUCUACACUACAAUCGAUAGCUUAUCGAUAUUUUUUCAUUUGUAAGGUUGGACAUCAUUCUCGAUUCUCUAAAACUUAUUGAUUAUUUUUAACGAGAAGUAAAAUAGAUUUCAAUCGAUCUAUAUAUUAUUUCAAAUUAUUAAUCGUUUUUAUUAAAUGUGUAGAGAAAGAUUUCAAAAAUUGAGCCAAAACGAGCCAACGCUAGUUAUUAUUUCUUUUGGCUUUAUAACGUUGUCAACAUUAACGCUAUGAAGAUUGGCAUGAAAAUUGAAUGAUUCUGAUUGGCUUUUAAAAACUGUUUACGUUAAACUGAUAGUUUGAAAAGUUAUUCAGACAGCGAGUGUCAUUCGCUUGCAAAGUGUUUUUAUUUAAUUGAUUAGAUUUUUUUUAUGAUGGUGCGAUAUGCAGCUCUUAAAGGAUUAUACGAGUUGGAAAAGACAAUUGGUAGCGGGGGUUUUGCAAAAGUUAAACUUGGUAUUCAUGUUGCAACUGGAGAAAAAGUUGCUAUCAAAAUCAUGGAUAAGACAGCCUUGGGCGAUGAUUUGCCAAGGGUAAAAUUAGAAGUAGAGGCGCUCAAAACUUUAUUACACCAACACAUAUGCAAGUUGUAUCAAGUUAUAGAAACAGACACUUAUUAUUUUAUGGUAAUAGAAUAUUGUUCAGGAGGAGAAUUGUUUGAUCACAUAGUUGAAAGAAAUAGAUUGACUGAGUCAGAAUCUCGCAAAUUUUUUCGUCAAAUUGUUUCUGCAGUAGCAUAUUUGCAUAGUCUCGGAUAUGCUCAUCGUGAUCUUAAGCCUGAAAAUGUUUUAUUAGAUAAAGAUGAAAAUUUGAAACUCAUUGAUUUUGGUUUAUGCGCAAAACCAAAAAGUGGAAUGCAAUCACAUUUGUAUACUUCUUGUGGUUCUCCAACUUAUGCAGCACCGGAAUUGAUAUUAGGCAAAAAAUACUUAGGUUCAGAAGUAGACAUUUGGAGCAUGGGAGUCAUUCUUUAUGCUUUACUCUGUGGUUUCCUUCCAUUUGAUGACAAUAGUAUAGAGAAUUUAUACAAAAAAAUUUUGAAUGGGAAAUAUGACGAGCCAGGUUGGUUAUCUAUUAGCAGCAAGAGAUUAAUUCGUGCAAUGUUACAAAGAGAUCCAAAAAAGAGGAUAACAAUUCAAGAAUUGUGCAAUCACCCAUGGAUAACAUCAGGUUUCCUUAAUCCAAUAUCAUUUGUUCAUAAAACUAAUUUUGAGAAAGAUGACGAUGUAUUAAGUACUAUGUCGGCAAUUUGUGGAGAACAUAGUUCAGAUAUAUGGAACAUAUUAGCUAAAAGUGAUAGAACUGAUUAUAGAACAGCCACAUAUUUAUUAUUACUUGAUAGAAAAUUACGUGGGCUUUCUUUAAAAAUAUCAUCCUCCGCGAAGUCUUAUUUCAGGCAGGGCUUGACAGGAGUCGAUUUACCACAGCAUGAAGAUGGAAUUCAUAAUUUUAUUACAAAUUUGGAACACUCUCCUAGAAAUAAUAAAGUAAUUAGAAAAUCACCCAUUACCAAUGACUUUUCAACUAACAAAUACAAAACUCCUAUUACUGAUAAAACUGUAAAACGAUUCACAGAACCGCAAACUGCUUGUAGAAAAAGAUUAAGAAGUAAAGAAUCAGAUGAGUGUUCUUCCCCUGUGCCAGCAAAGAAAUGUACUGAAAAAAAUAAACUUGUGUCAACACCUACCAAUAACGUACCAUUGGAAUCUAGAGAUGCACAAUCCUCGACGCCUGGAAGUGCAAGAAAAGUUAUAAUGGGUUUGGAGAGAGGGUUGCAUCGUGUUAGGUGCGUUCUUACCCCAAAACGGCGAAUCAAAAAUGAGAAUGUAGAUCCCGAUCAGCCGACUGUACUUUCCGGAAAAGGUUUGUGCAAUGUAUCAUCAACGUCAAGUGAUUGUCCGAAGUACGUCUUGUCGCAAUUACGACGAGCUUUGCGACGUAAAGGAAUUAUGUGUCAUCAAAAAGGUUUCAUUCUACAAGGAGAAACAGACGAUUGUACGGAAGACGUUAAUAAUACGAAACCAUUUUUAUCUAGAAAUGCAUGUUCAUUCGAAUUAGAAGUAUGUUUAUUGGAAGGUAUUUCCGAUGAUAAAUUAUUAGUCGGUAUACGAAGAAAAAGAUUGAAGGGUGAUGCAUGGGUUUAUAAACGAGUAUGCGAAGAGGUAUUAGCUUUGGCAGCUGAAGAUAUAUCUAAUGAACAAAAGGAUGGUUCUUCGGAAUCAAAGUGUCCUAUUUAGAAGAUUAUAAAUAUUUUCAAAUGGAUACAGAUAAUUUUUACGAUCUUAAGUACUACACGGUCCAAGAUUUGAAGUAUUUUGAUCUCAGUCAGUGUGUAUCGCGAUCGCAUAUACAUAUAUAUAUAUAUAUACAUGUUUGAUUAAAAAAAAAAAAAAAAAAACAAAAAAAAAAAAGAAAAAAAAGAAAAAAAAGAAAAGAUAAAAAAAAAUGAAAGAAAAGGAAAAGAAAAACAAUUUGUACAUAAAUUAAAAUAUAUAAUAUCCGAUCGAGUAAACGUAAUAUUAAUUUUUUUAUAUCGCUUAUUAUAUAUCACUCGGAAUUCUCAGAUUUUCUCAACAAAACUAUAAAUAUAUUAUUAAUCCUUAGAAAAACGUAAUAUGAUCUUUAUAUAUGAAUAAUAGAUCUAUUUAAAAAGAAGAAGAAAAAAAACAAGACAAAAAUAAAAACAAAAAAGAAAAAAGAGAAGAAAAGAAAAGACAAAGAAAAAUACAAAAAAUGUAACGACGAAAGUAAUUUUCAUAAAAUGUAUUUUACGAAAUAACAAGUGUCCUUGUUAUUGGCGUUACAUUUUAUAAGGAUUAUUAUAAAAUAUAAGGAAUAUUUAAUAAUAAACUGCAGCAUAUAUAAUAUAAAAUUCAUAAUAAAUAAAUAUAUAUUUUUAACAUUCCAACUUUAA